GGGGCGUCGAGGGGGAGCGGGAUUGGGUGCAGUCUUGUUUUUGUCGCGCCGUCGAGAUAACCGAGCACCGAGGGCGAGAGGAAGAGAGGGAUGGACCCCGCUCGGUCAGAUGCCGGCUUGAAUUCUCCAUUGACUUGUCGUUCUUAGCCCGCCGCUGGAUGUGGAUGCCGUGAGCGAGCCGGGUGGCCCUCGUUCCAUCGCUCCCCGUCUGAGCGCAAAGCUUAGUUCUGCUGCUUGUGGAUCUUCCUUUGAUUGCCAUUCCCCGAAAGGACCCGUCCCGGUAGCGUGACAAAAUGAAGCCUUUGUAUUUUUCGGUCAAUUACACCUAAUACCGGUAGUUGGUUUGGUACGAGGGGCUGAAGCGCUCGCCUCGCUCGGAGGACCGUUAGGGACUCUCGCUCCAUGUAGCUGGAUGCGUGGCGGCACAUCCUAUCAGCUUCCCCAGCCCUUCGUCCUCGAGCUCUUUCCAAAAUGAAGAAAUUCAAUUUUCGCAAAGUUCUGGAUGGUCUCACCGCCUCCUCGCCCGGUGGCAGCGCUGGCGGCGGCGGGGCUGGCGGAGGUUCCGCGCACCCCGGAGGGACUGCGGGAGCCGCGGGGACUCCCCGGGAGGAGAUCCAGGAGACUCUAACUUCGGAUUAUUUCCAGAUCUGCAAGACGGUUCGUCAUGGUUUUCCUUAUCUACCCACUGCCUUAGCUUUUGACCCAGUUCAGAAAAUUCUGGCAAUUGGAACAAGAACAGGAGCCAUACGAAUAUUGGGUAGGCCUGGUGUUGAUUGCUACUGCCAACAUGAAAGUGGUGCUGCAGUCCUACAGCUCCAGUUCUUAAUCAAUGAGGGUGCUUUGGUCAGUGCAUGUGCAGAUGAUACGCUUCAUUUGUGGAAUCUCAGACAGAAACGACCAGCUAUCCUACAUUCUCUGAAAUUUAACAGAGAACGAAUUACUUACUGCCAUCUACCUUUCCAGAGUAAAUGGCUUUAUGUUGGAACAGAGCGGGGAAAUACACACAUUGUAAAUAUCGAGUCCUUCAUUCUUUCUGGAUAUGUUAUCAUGUGGAACAAAGCAAUAGAACUAUCUACUAAGACUCACCCUGGGCCAGUUGUACAUUUAAGUGACAGCCCAAGAGAUGAAGGGAAACUAUUGAUAGGCUAUGAAAAUGGAACUGUAGUAUUCUGGGACUUACGAUCUAAAAGAGCUGAUUUGAGAGCUUAUUAUGAUGAGGCUAUUCAUUCUGUUGCUUGGCACCAUGAAGGGAAACAGUUCAUGUGCAGUCACUCUGAUGGAAGCCUGACCUUGUGGAACCUGAAAAGUCCUAACAGACCGUUCCAGACCACAAUCCCACACGGAAAAAUUCAAAGAGAUGGAAAAAAGCCUGAAUCCUGUAAACCAAUUCUUAAAGUGGAGUACAAAACCUGUAAAAACAGCGAACCAUUUGUGAUAUUUUCCGGUGGGUUGUCAUAUGAUAAGGCUUGUCGAAGACCAAGUCUAACGAUUAUGCAUGGGAAAGCAAUUACAGUUCUUGAAAUGGAUCAUCCUAUAGUUGAUUUUUUAACUCUUUGUGAAACCCCAUAUCCGAAUGAAUUUCAAGAACCCUAUGCUGUAGUUGUGCUUUUGGAAAAAGAUCUCAUUGUUGUGGACCUGACACAAAGCAAUUUUCCAAUCUUCGAAAAUCCAUAUCCUAUUGACAUUCAUGAGUCACCUGUCACCUGCACAGAAUAUUUUGCCGACUGUCCUCCAGAUUUGAUUCCUGUACUCUAUUCUGUAGGAGCAAAACAUAAAAAGCAAGGAUACAGCAAUAAGGAGUGGCCUAUCAGUGGUGGAGCAUGGAAUCUUGGAGCUCAGACAUAUCCUGAAAUCAUUAUUACAGGCCAUGCAGAUGGAUCAGUAAAGUUUUGGGAUGCUUCUGCCAUUACACUGCAGAUGUUGUACAAAUUAAAAACAUCAAAAGUCUUUGAAAAACAGAAGUCAGGGGAAGGAAAAGCAACAGCUGAGAUUGUGGAAGAAGACCCUUUUGCUGUUCAAAUGAUGUACUGGUGUCCUGAAAGCCGAAUUUUCUGCGUGGCAGGAGUUUCUGCAUAUGUGGUUAUUUAUAGAUUCAGCAAACAUGAAGUAAAUACUGAAAUCGCGUCACUAGAGGUACGACUUCAGUAUGAAGUAGAAGAUAUCAUUACUCCUGAACCGGAAAUAAUUCCUCAAUUUCCAGAUGCCUCCUCCCAGCUUCCUUCUUUAAAGAGCCUUUCAGGUAGUACCAACACUGUAGCAUGCGAAGGAAUGAUGAAGGACAGUAUCCCAUGUCUUAGUGUUAAGACUCGACCUGUGCGAAUGCCUCCUGGAUACCAAGCAGAUCUUGUUAUUCAGUUGGUGUGGGUGGAUGGUGAGCCUCCACAACAGAUUACCAGUCUUGCUGUAAACUCUGCUUAUGGACUAGUGGCAUUUGGAAACUGCAAUGGCUUGGCUGUUGUGGACUUCAUGCAAAAGACCGUACUACUGAGCAUGGGAACCCUUGAAUUGUAUGGAUCAAGUGAUCCAUACCAGCGCCAGCCCCGUUCACCUCGCAAAAGCAAGCAGUUUGCUGCAGACAACUUUUGCAUGCGUGGCCUGUCUAACUUUUAUCCAGAUUUAACGAAACGGAUCCGUACUUCCUAUCAGAGCCUGACUGAACUCAGUGACAGUCCAGUUUCCCUGGAGCUAGAGCGUUGCAAGUCUCCCACUUCAGUUAAAGGAUCAAGAAAGUUAAGUCUGCCAACAGAUCUUAAGACUGAUCUUGAUCACGUGAAUGGUCACUGUACAAGCCCAACAUCCCAGAGCUGCAGUUCAGGAAAACGACUUUCCAGCGCGGACGUCUCAAAAGCAAACCGCCGAGGGCCCGGGAGGCCCCCCUUUAGAAAAGCGCAGUCUGCGGCCUGCAUGGAGAUUUCCCUCCCAGUCACCACAGAAGGUUACAUUUCCAGACGGGCAAUGCUUCAGCAAUUACACGGAAUCAGUUCAUUCUCACACGACGAGCGUCACUGUACUGCUCACACAUGGAUGAACAAAGAAAACCGGGAAAACUCCUUCAGCCGUUCCCGAAGCUCCAGCGUGUCGAGUAUCGACAGGGACUCUAAGGAGGCCAUCACAGCCUUGUACUUCAUGGAGUCCUUUGCCCGAAAGAAUGACUCUGCUGUCUCCCCAUGCCUCUGGGUUGGAACGGGCCUUGGUAUGGUCUUAAUCCUCUCUCUUAACCUGCCUGCCAGUGACGACUUACGGCAGUCAGAGCCAGUCAUGGUGUCACCGAGUGGCACAGUUCUGACACUGAAAGGAGCCGUGCUGACCUUCGCGUGCCUGGACUGCACGGGGACAUUGAUACAUCCACCGUAUGAAGUAUGGAGGGACCCACACAGUGCUGAUGAUGGUGAAAAAACAAGGAAAAGAAAACUUGUCAUGCAUUCCCCUUCCUCCUCCCAGGAUAUGGGUGAUCAUCAAUUUGCAGUCAUUUGUUCAGAAAAACAAGCCAAAGUCUUCUCAUUGCCUUCCCAAACAUGUCUUUAUGUCCACAACAUCACCGAAACGUCCUUUUUAUUGCAAGCAGAUGUGGUCACCCUCUGUAACAGCGUCUGUCUGGCGUGCUUUUGUGCCAAUGGGCACAUCAUGACACUGAGCUUGCCCAGCCUUCGCCCACUGCUGGACAUCAACUAUCUGCCCGUAACGGAUAUGAGGAUAGCGCGGACCUUUUGUUUCAGUAACGAAGGGCAGGCUUUGUACCUCAGCUCUCCCACCGAGAUCCAGCGCCUCACCUACAGCCAGGAGAUGUGCGAUAACCUUCAGGACAUGCUUGGGGAUUUGUUUACUCCCGUGGAAACACCAGAAGCCCAAAACAGAGGCUUUCUUAAAGGGCUUUUUGGAGGAAGUGGACAAGCUUUUGACAGAGAGGAGCUUUUUGGUGAGGCCACGGCAGGAAAAGCCUCUCGCAGUCUCGCCCAGCACAUCCCUGGAUCAGGUGGAAUUGAAGGCGUGAGAGGAGCCGCAGGAGGAGUCAUUGGGGACUUGACUCGUGCUCGCAUUGCCCUUGAUGAGAGAGGACAGAAACUGGGAGAGCUGGAUGAAAGGACCGCGAGCAUGAUGGCCAGUGCAGAGGCUUUUUCCAAACAUGCACAUGAGGUGAUGCUGAAAUACAAGGACAAAAAAUGGUACCAGUUUUAAACUUAUAAAGAAUCUGCUUGUGGCUUUGUUCAGAACACUGCUGAGGGAAGCAACGUUCAUUCCCAAACCUAUCAGUCAUCGGCCAGAAACAAUUUUUUUCUCCUAGCAGAUGUUUUCCUCUUACUAUAUUGGAUUCAUCGCAGUGGAUGUCAAAGAAAUUUUCCAGAACGUGAGUUGGAAAAUAGAGUCAUGUGGGCCUUACGGCAGCGCCUGGCUUACGUUGUAGCCAGUCUUUCCCAAAAGGAACUCAACCAUCACUGUGGCAUGUAGCUUUUCAGAAGCUGUAGGUAUGAACUGUGGGGAGUGUGUCUGGUUAAAAAUAUUCUGUACAAACUCGAAUGUUAAUGCACUUAGAAAACUUUGCAUGGUUAAUUGACAUCUUAAAAAAAAAAAAGAGAGAAAAAAAGUAAAAGAAAAAAGAAAAAAAAAGAAAAAAAAAGAAAAAAAAAAAAAGCAUGUUGUGACCGAAGAAAAAUGGGAUUAAUUUAUAUUGAGCAAAAAAAAAAAAAAAAAAAGUAAAUGGCAAAAAUCUUUAUUUUUUAAAAAUGAGACUACAAAAAGCCAGUACAUUUCCAGCAUGUUUGCUACUGUUCUCAACAUAAAAAUGAGUUGAGCUGCAUUUUCUUAUCUGCUACUCAUUUCCCUUGAAAAACCUUGCUUGAAAUCAGUGCUGUUCAACUCCUCCCGGGAGAAUAAAUAACUUCAAAAGCCUGUGUCCAAAACUUACAGAUGUUACUGCUCACAGCAGUAAGAGCUCAAGAUGGGCCAGAGGAAGAGCAUGAAAAACAGUUGUUACAAUAUGGCACUGAAUUGGCAUGUACAGAAAAUGACACCACAGGUGUGUGGCAAUUGAUUCUCUGCUCACACCGCAGAAAGUAAUUUGCUUCUGCUUCUGAGUGGCUUUGUUUGGUUUCUGCAGUGCACUACAUAACGCUCUCCAAGUUCUCCAGCCUGCAGAGACAGAAGGGAACAGUAGGUCAAACCCAUCACUUAUUUAUACGGAUGGAUUCUGAGUUUAUAGGUACAGUACAGUGCCACACAGGUGAACGGUUAAGUUAGAAAUUGUUCCAAGAUUGCCUUGGAACCAAGGCUCUGAAGACUUGUUUUCAUGUACCUGGACAGAGCUCCAAAUUAGAAAAGGAAGGAGAGGAAGAGGCAGAAAAGCAGCAGGUGGAAAAUUUUAUAGUUUUCUAUAUAGGAGAAAUGGAGGCUGUUCCUUCAGGGAGUCCUGACUGACACUGAUGCAAACAGUCAGCGUUGCCAUCAUAACUAGAGCUUAACUUCACUGCGUUCCUAUCAUACCCAUGUUCAGAUUCUCUGUCUCAAAGAUGCCUUUCCUCGAUCUUUUGCUUUCUUAACAUAAAACAGAAAAUGGUACAGGCUAGAAAUCUGGCUUCGCUAUCAGCCCAGCUACGCAAGUUAAAGGGAUGGAACAGACCUGAGGUGUUAAGUUUUAAAUUCAUAGUGGAGCCCAAGAGUUGUGUGCUUCACAGCACUUUUGUGUUUCUCUGGGGGCAAAAUCAAAAGAAGAACCCUGCCUGGUCUGGCUCCUCUGGGAAGGAGGCCAGGCGGGCUCUUCUCUGUCACAAGGACUGGACUGUAAUUGCGAGAACAGUAGAAACUUGGUUGGAAGAGGGUCGAAGCCUAAUGCCUGAGGUUCUGAUGAGAGUUAUGGAACUGAAGUCUUACGUGACCCACAGGAUGUCUGUGCAGUAAGUGUUCGAGGAAAGAGAAAACUCCCUGCUCUGAUGCCAAUAUGAACUGGGCUGGGAAGAUCCUUCCAGUGACCCCAUCACAGAGCUGGCUGCUUCCCUAUGAGAAGUAUCACCGUAACCAGGUAUCUGGAGUGAGAAAUAACAACACUACCACAGUCAUUCUCUCUUCUGUUUCAAUGCACAUUCACUCUGCUCGUGCACUAGCCUAUACCCAAAAGCCACUACUUAGUCUCUGGGCAACAAAACCUUUUUGUGCAGAUCAUUCUGAACCCUCCAACCAACCUGAUAGGCUUAAUUCUUUUUUCCUUCUUUGCUCUUAUGGAGAAGUUGGGGAGUCUGCAUCAGUAUUAGGAUACCAACCAGAGAUGGUUCUGUACCCAUCCCUACACUUACUUAUGCCCUAAGGUGGUGCAAGUGAAAAGGCCUUUGCCAGUUCAAGUGUGACACCUGUACAUCCAUGUUUUCCACUAUGCUUAAUAGUGGAAUUAAUUACAUAUUUAUUUACCAAUUAAUAGCUUCCACUAUUAAUUGGUGUAAUUGGCCCUUAAGAAAUCAGCCAGGUGAAUGCUGGCACAUCGUGACACGGCAGCGAGCAGUGCUGUGUGAGCCUUCUGCACGUUGCACCUCAUGUGGGUGCUCACAGUGCAAAGCUCCCCUUGGCUUUGAUGUCAGCAGUCCCUCCAGGCUGGAGCAGGACUCUGCUCGCUUGUUGGAGGACCUAGUGUAAAAACUGAGUAAUGACCUUUAACUGCUAAUAACCACAGCAUGCCCAGAGAAAAAAAGUGUCUUCAGCAAGUCAUGUGUGCAAUGUCAGACUUCACUGACAGGGGCAGCCACCACUCUCUGUCUUAACAGCAGGGAAAAACCUGCCGCAGACUUCCAUCUGAUGCAACAGAAGAAUUAGAAUUUAGCAUCCCUCAAACUUAGGGUUUUUGAUAAGAAACUUCCAAGCAGCUUUUCUCCAGUACUCCCCAUUGGGUCACAGCUGUAUCUCGCUUUCCGCUCUUACGUACUUUCAGUAUUUCCAGACAGUUACAGAUCCCUAUUUCUGUUACGUUCGCCACUCGUGACUAGAAUUAUCAAUUUUCUUGUAGGCUGUAGAGAUCUAAAAAGUUGUAUAUGUUUGUAUAUAGAACUAUUCUAUAUAUAAAAUAUAUAUAUGUAAUGUAUAUGUUGUAUAAGUUUGGUAGUGCACACUGUUAAAUGCUUUCUAUUGAGAUUUAUCAUGUAUGUGAAAAAAAAAAAACUUCACUUAAAAACGUCAAUGAGGGAGGAAGAGCUCUUGCCUGGUUAUUUAUUGUGAAAUGAGGGGGAGUGGGGGAUAGUUGAAAGGCCGGACCUGAGCGCUGCUGCACGUGAUGGUGACGGCGGCGAAGACGCAGCGCUCAGAGCCUCGUGUGGUGUGCUGCAAUGAAGGAUGCUGUCCCUGUGCACUGAAAUCGCGUGCUUUCACCUUCCCUCUAAGAGCACCACCUACACCUCGAGGUAUCUCCAACAGUGUAAUCCUCAGUUGCAAUAGACCAGAACGCCUGGAAAUAUUUGUUCCAUGUAAAAUGCUUUUGUUCACCUGAAUGCCCUUCUCACUCCCAGUCUUUGCAGGAGCGCCCUCUCACAGCCACGUCCCCAACCCCGAUGCAUCCAGCAGCAGCACCCAUACGUCUGGGUUCGACCAGUUGUGUUCACCUGUAUUCAUAGAGAUGCGUAUAGACUGAACAUGCAGAGAAAAUACACAAAAUGAGGUUAUUUGUAUGUAUCAGAGUAGGCAGGCCUGCAGUGAAGCACAGGCUAUUUUGUUAAAAAAGCAAAUUCAUCCCGUGGAGUGUUAAUUUAAGCUUCAAACGCUGAGUGAAGACGAGCUGAAGGAAAAAGUGAGAAUUGGGUUUUGCUUCGUAUAAUUACUGUUUUAUAAAUGAUUUUUUUUUCCCCACAGUUCUCCAAUCCACAUUAAAAAUCCCCUGUAUUACCACUAUA